UCCGCCGCCGUAAAGCGGCAGAGGAGAUUCCACGUGGGUUUGUCGUUGAGAUCCGUUUCCUGCUUGGGAGCGCUGGAGGGAAACUUGUAAGGAUGGGGAAACGUAGGAACCGGAGUCGAAGCCAGAGCCAAGUGCUGAGUAGCCUUAGUAAGAAGCAGAAAAAGCAUCUACGGGACUUUGGGGAAGAGCAUCCAUUCUAUGACAAGGUUUCUGGAAAAGAUGCAAAGCCUCAAAUCUGCAAGCUGUCAGAGAAUUCAGAUCAUUCAAGUUCAGAGAGUGAUUCAGACAGUGAACCAGAAAAGGUCUCUGAAUACCAUAAGUUACUUGCCACCCUGAAGAAUGUUUCAGAGGAGGAAGAAGAGGAAGAAGAAGAUGAAGAAGAAGAAGAAGAAGAGAAUGCUGUAGAAGAAGAGGAAGAAAUGGAGAGUGAAGGGGUCCAUAGUGACAGCAGUUUGGAGGAGGGGGAGGAAGAAGAGGAGGAGGAAGAAGAGAAGGAGGUACAGGAAGGAAUGAGGGGAGGCAAAGAAGGGGACCCCGAGGACAAAGAUGAGGAAGUGCUUACCCAGCAGAGACUGGAUGAGGACGAAUUCACGGACAUGCAACAUGAAUCAGCCUUCAGCCUGGAAACCAAUUUCCUAGAGGAGGAGAAUGGAGAUCACAAGGCCCUGCAGAAGGACAGCAGCACUGCAGUGGAGGUCUCAGGAGACCCAUUCCUACAACAUUUGAACAAAGAACUGAAAGAAAAAGAAAUCCAGGCUGUUGCCACAAAUCCCAAAGUUACCCAGCAGUUAAAAUGGUCAGCUCUGGGUCAGCUCAUCUUUUCAACCCAGUUUGAUACGCUAGAGACUUUCAAGCCUCCAAAGGACAUUGACUUGAUGACUCUUCAUCUCCAGAAGCCCUUGGAUUCCACAUGGCCCAAAGUAAACAGCCAGUUCCUCUCUGGUACCUCAAAACCCAGUGGGCCUUUCUCUUCCCUACAGAAAGAGCUCUUCUCAAUUAUGAACUCAUACCGGGACUUGUUAUACCCAGAAAGGACAGCACUGGGGAAUGGGGAGGAGAUCCGUCAUGUGUACUGCCUGCAUGCCAUGAACCAUGUUCUCAAAGCCAAUUCCCAGGUGCUCAGCAAUAAUAGCAAACGCCGGGAUAAGAAACCAAGAGCAGGUGAUGAUGAUGAUGACUUCAGGGACCAGGGUCUCACUCGACCCAAGGUGUUAAUUGUUGUUCCUUUUCGGGAGGCUGCUCUCAGAGUGGUCCAGCUCUUCAUCAGUCUCCUGGAAGCAGGAAGCAAGAAGAAAAUAGAUGUGAGUAACAAAAAGCGCUUCAAGGGAGAAUAUGGGUCUGACCCAGAUGAGAGACCUCCCAAUCUGAAGAGGCCUGAAGACUAUGAUGCUGUGUUUGCUGGCAACAUUGAUGACCACUUUCGGAUAGGAGUUGCAGUUCUUCAGCGAAGCAUCCGACUUUAUGCUCCGUUUUACUCCUCAGAUAUUCUCAUUGCCUCCCCUCUUGGCUUGAGGACUAUUAUUGGUGCAGAGGGAGAAAAGAAGAGGGACUUUGACUUCUUAUCUUCCAUAGAGAUUCUCAUUAUUGACCAAGUUGACAUUUAUCUGAUGCAAAAUUGGGAACAUGUCCUGCAUUUGAUGAACCAUAUGAACUUACUUCCUUUGGAUUCUCAUGGAGUGGACUUCUCCCGAGUACGCAUGUGGAGCCUGAAUAACUGGUCCAAGUAUUACCGUCAGACGCUGCUGUUUGGCGCCUUGCAAGAGACCCAGAUCAACUCGGUCUUCAGCAAGUACUGUGUCAAUUAUCAAGGGCAGGUAGCCGUGAGGAGCAUCCCGAUGACUGGUUCCAUUAGUCAGGUUCUGGUGCAGCUCCCGCAUGUUUUCCAGAGACUAGAAGCUGAAAACCUCCUUUCUGUAAUAGAUGCCAGGUUUCAUUUCUUUGUGAAUAAGAUCUUACCUCAGUAUCAAGAUGCAGUCAUGUCUCACACUCUCAUCUAUGUCCCAUCCUACUUUGACUUUGUGCGGCUCCGAAAUUAUUUCAAAAAGGAGGAGUUAAACUUCACCCACAUCUGUGAAUACACUGAGAGGUCUGGGGUCUCCAGGGCCAGACACUUCUUCCUCCAAGGAGAGCGUCAGUUUCUGCUUUUCACGGAACGUUUCCACUUCUAUAAGAGGUACACAAUAAAGGGCAUCAGGAAUCUGAUUUUCUAUGAAUUGCCAACCUAUCCUCAUUUCUACAGUGAAGUCUGCAAUAUGCUGAAAGCCACUGGUGGUGGGGAGGAAGCCACAUGGACCUGCACUGUCUUGUAUUCAAAGUAUGAUGCCCAGAGACUAGCAGCUGUGGUGGGUGUGGAGCGGGCAGCCCAGAUGCUUCAGUCCAAAAAGAACGUUCACCUCUUUAUUACUGGAGAAAAAUGAGUUGGACUUUGGUGACUAGGGCAUGAGUCACCUGAUCUGGUGCUGAAUGGUUGUGAUUCUGGAAGGCUGAUGUUGAGGAAGAUCUGGCAUCAUUCAUGCCUGAAUAUGUUUGAUACAUCUGAAACAUUUCACCUUCUAACAGCAUGUUUUAAAAGUUUGUAAAAAAUGAAUUUUUGUACAAAGACUGUUUUAAAUACUUUGGGCUGGGGUCUGAGAAAGUUUAGAGGCUCACAUUUAAAAGAAGUAUAUAGUGGGAUUUUUCUGUAAAUAAUAGAGUAUUUUUGUAAUUGUUCCCAAUUUAAUUUAAGUUGGUAAGUUUAUACAUUUUGUCUAGCAAGUUGUUGGAAUGCAAGGCAUACCUAAAAUUUGUUGUGCCGGUCAGAUGAGGGCAAAAUGGCAUGUGGUAGAUAAACCCUUUGUUAUUAUAUGUGAGGCAGAGAGGUGAUACAUAUAGAGCACUGGGCUCAGAGUCAGGAACACCUGGGCAAAUCACUUAGUCUCUGCCUGCCUCACUUUCCUCAGCUUCAAAAUGAGGAUACUAAUAGCAUUUGCCUCCUAGGGUGGUUGUGAGAAUCAAAUGAGAUGAUGUUUGGUAAAUGUUUAUUAAGGCUCUACUAUCUGUCAGGUACUGUGUGUAGGAUGCUGGGAAUACAGGUAAGAAAAAGAAAGAAUCCCUGGUCUCAAGAAGAAUGGGGGAAGACAGUACACAAAAGGAAGCUAGAAAGGGAAAGGGGGUGAGGUUGCCUGGAUGGAAAUCUGGUUUCCUGAAAAUGAACCGAGCAAAUGUGCAGAUAGAAAGUAAUUAUAUGUAUUUAAUAAUAGCUUUUUAUUUUCAAAAUACAUGCAAAGAUAGUUUUCAGUAUUCACCUUUGCAAAACUGUGUGUUUCAAAUUUUUCCUCUUUCCUUCCCCCACCCCCAUUUAUAGAUAACAAGUAAUCCCCAAUAUGUAUUAAACAUGUGUAAUUUUUGUAUUUCCACAUUUAUCAUGCUGCACAAGAAAAAUCAGAUCAAAAAAGGAAAAAAUGAGAAAGAAAAAAGCAAGCAAGCAAACAAUAACAAAGGUGAAAAUAUUAUGUUGUGAUCCACAUUCAAUCCCCACAAUCUCUCUCUGAGUGCAAGUGACUCUCCAUCACAUAACUAUUGGAAUUGGCCUUAAUCACCUCAUUGCUAAAAAGAGCCAUGUCCAUAAGAGUUGGAUCAUCACAUAAUCUUGUUCUAGGUAUAGUGUUCUCUUAUUUCUAUUCACUUCACUCAGUAUCGGUUCAUGUAAGUCUCUCUAGACCUCUCUGAAAUCAUCCUGAUGAUCGUUUCUUACAGAGCAAUAAUAUUCAAUAACAUUCAUAUACCAUAAUUUAUUCAGCCAUUCUCCAACUGAUGGGCAUCCACUUGGUUUCUAGUUCCUUGCCACCAUAAAAAGGGCUGCCACAAAAAUGAUCUCUUUGGAAUACAGAUCCACUAGUAACACUGCUGGAUCAAAGGGUAUGCACAGUUUGAUAGGCCUUUGGGCAUAGUUCCAAAUUGCUCUCCAGAAUGAUUGGAUCAAUUCAUAAUUCCACAACAAUGUAUGUGUUCCAGUUUUCCCACAUCCCCGCCAACAUUUAUCAUUUUCUUUUUCUGUUAUCUUAGCCAAUCUAAGAGUUGUGUGAUGGUACCUCUGAGUUGUCUUAAUUUGUAUUUCUCUAAUCAAUAGUAAUUUAGAGCAUUUUAUCAUAUGACUAGAAAUGGUUUUGAUUUCUUCAUCUCAAAGUUAUUUAUAUCCUUUGAUCAUUUAUUAACUGGAGAAUGGCUCCAUUCUCUAUAUAUUUUAGAAAUAAGGUCUCUAUCAGAACACUUGGAUGUAAAUUUUUUUCCCACUUUUCUGCUUCCCUUCUAAUCUUGGCUGCAAAUGUUUUGUUUGUCCAAAAACCUUUUAAUUUAAUAUCAAAAUGAUCCAUUUUUCAUUUCAUAAUGUUCUCUAGCUCUUCUUUGGCUAUAAAUUCCUCUCUUCUCCAUAGAUCUGAGAGGUAGACUAUCCCUUGUUCUCCUAAUUUCCAUAUAGUAUCAAAACUCUUUAUGUCUAAAUCAUGAAUUUAUCUCAACCAUAUUUUGAUAUAGGGUGUUAGGUGUUAGUGCCUAGAUUCUGCCAUACUAUUUUCUAAUUUUCACAGAAAUUUUUGUCAAAUAAUGAAUUCUUAUCCCAGAAACUGGAGUCUUUGAGUCAUCAAACUCUAGAUUACCAUAAUCAUUGACUAUUGUGUUUUGUGAACCUAACUUAUUUCACUACUGUUUCUUAGCCAGUACCAAAUGGUUUUGAUGACCACUGGAAAGUAAUAAUAUUUGUUAAGUACUUUUCACUGUAUCUCUCACACAUAGUAAGUGUUUAAUAUGUGCUUAUUUCCCUCUUCUACUUUUUCUGUGUUUAUCACUUUUAAAAAUUGUUGUUGUUUAUAAUCUUUUUAUUUCCCAGGGCUAUAUCCCUAGCCUAACCUCAAUAGAACUGUUCUUGUAGCAAAUUAUGAUUUAGCAAGACAACUCAAUAUGUUGACCAAAUAUAACAGUGUAUAUCUUAUUCUAUAUCUAUAGUUCACCACUUCUCUGCCAAGUGAUUUAUCAAUUUUCUGAAAUCAUGAGUAGUCACUACAGUGAUCAGCCCUCUGAUAUUUUUCAGUAACUUCUUUUAUAUUAUUGAGGUCAUUGUAUAAAUUACUUCGGUUCUACUUACUUUUCUGUGUUUCUGUUUAAAUCUUGCCAAAUUUCUCUGAAUUAAUAUUAGAAUUUUUCUCAGUGAUAAUGCAUUUCUGUACCAUAAUUUGUUUAGCCAUUUCCCAAUUAAUAAGCAUUUAUAUAUCUUUUAAUUCUUUGAUUUCCUCUAAAUCACAGCUAAAAUUUUUCCUUUUACAAGAAACCUCCAUCAGCCCCUCUUAAUUCUAUUGCCUUCUCUCUUUUAAUUAUUUCCUAUUUAUUCUGUCUAUAGUUUGCUUUGUAUAUUAGAUUAUGAGCUUUUUGAGGGCAGGAACAUUUUUGCCUCUUUUUGUAUUGCCAGUGCUUAGCAUAGUGCCUGCCCAUCAUAGGCAUUUAAUAUGUUAUUGAUAUUAUGACAAAAGAUAUUGUAAACGUUUUGUAUGUUUGGAACUCUUCUGCCUUUUGCCUUUGGACUCUUGUAUAUGGUCAUUAGUGGUAUCACUGGUCAAAGGAGAUAUUUAGGGUUUUUUGAGAUUUUUUUUUUUAACACACACACACAACACACACACAUCACACUCCCUCUCUCUGUCUUUCUCCCCCUCCCCCUGACCCUUCUUCUUAACUCCCUCCUUCUCUAUCUCCCCUCACCUUAUUCCCUAACACUUCUGUAAAAGUUCACCUGCAGGAAGCCUUCCCCAAACUCUCUUAAUUCCAGUGCCUUCCCUCUGUUAAAUAUAUACUAUUUAUCCUGUACAUAAUUUGCUUUGUUUACAUAUUGUCUCCUUAUUAAUUUGGAGCAAGGAGUAUCUUUUGCCUGUCUCCAGUGCUUAUCACAGUAACUAUCACAGAGUAGGUGCUCAAUAAAUGUUUGAUUGCUGUCA